CGUGUUCUUGUUUUAAAGAUGGCGGCUUGCGCGUCUACAUAGGUGCAUUGAUUCAUAGCGAUUGAAGAACUCAAAAUAACAAAGCACCAUGGCUGAUGUUGCUGUUGACAAUUCACCAGCUGGUUCAUUACCCAGCACAGAGAAUGAACCUGUUCUGAAAGAUGACCUGGUGGAGGAGAAAAACCAAGAAGAUCAACCAGCAGAAGGAAAGGGAGAUGGAUCUGCAGGUGGUGACUCCAACAUGUAUCGCUACAUCAAAGGAGACCUCUUCACAUCUGAGAUAUUUAAAGUUGAGAUACAAAACUUGCCCAAGUACAUUGGCUUCAAUGACCUGAAGAAGUUCCUUAACAAACACGGAAUCAAUCCUCACAAAAUCAAGUUGUUUAGCAAGCAGAUGUUCGCCUUUGUCACUUUUAAGAACCAGGAGGAAAGAGACAAGGCCAUGAAGGCGGUGCACGGCAUGCAGUGGAAGAGUAAAGUGCUGAGCGUACGUUUGGCCAAGCCCAAAGCUGAUCCCAUCCUUAAGAAGAGAAAACAAGAUGAGGAAAGUGAGGAUGGGCAGCCUGGUGCAAAACGUGCCGCAGGUAGCCAGGAUGCAAAGGAGGGCGAGGAAGAGCCCCUCAAUAUUCAGAUAGCCAAUGCUGUGACACCCUUGUGGAACGUUCCUUAUGAAGAACAGCUGAAGAGGAAAGAUCGAGAAGUGGAGGGAAUUCUGCAGAAACUGACCAGAGAAAUUGGCAACAAUAACAAGGCCAUGUUACCGUGGCUGUUUGUUCAAAAGGAGAAACACAACAAGCUGUGCUGCCCACUGGAGACCAUACGACCAUCACCUGUGCAGACAGAGUACAGAAACAAGUGUGAGUUUGUGAUUGGAGUGGGAGCAGACGGAGAGGAUAAGACUGUGGGCUUUCGUUUGGGAAAGUAUAAGGGAGGAUCCUGUGCAGUCGUAAGUCCAUCUGAAACCAGCCACGUGUCUUCGGAAGCCAAGAAGAUUGUCGAAGCCUUCCAGCAGUUCAUUAGGACAACUCCAUAUGCAGUAUACAGUCCAGAGACUUACGAGGGCCACUGGAGACAGCUGACUGUACGGACCUGCAGGACAAAGCAAACCAUGGCCAUUGUUUUCUUCAAUCCACAGAAACUCCAAGAGGAACUUGAGGAACUGAAAGGAAACCUGCGUCAGUAUUUCACGGAAGGAGAGGGAAAAGAAAGUGGCAUCACGUCUUUGUACUUUGUGAGAAUGGGACAAAGGACAUCUGCGGGUACAGAGGACCUUCCGUGCGAGCACGUGGCCGGGACUGAGUGGAUUCACGAAGAGCUUCUUGGACUGAAGUUUCGCAUAUCUCCUCACUCAUUCUUCCAGACAAACACGCCUGCUGCUGAAGUUCUAUACUCUGCUGUGGGUGAAUGGGCUCAGCUCGAUCAGGACAGUACUGUGCUGGAUGUGUGCUGUGGAACAGGAACCAUCGGGAUCUCUCUGGCAAAGAGGGUGAGGAAGGUGAUUGGGAUAGAGUUGUGUCCGGAGGCAGUGGAAGAUGCUAAGGCUAACGCUGAAGCUAAUGGCCUGACCAAUUUGGAAUUCCACUGUGGGAAAGCCGAAGAUGUAUUCCCCACUAUUCUAAAUGCAGUCGUAUCUCCCAGUGUCACUGCAAUCGUUGACCCUCCAAGAGCAGGGCUUCAUUCCAAAGUUAUUCUAGCAAUCAGAAAAGCCGAGCAUCUGAAGAGGCUUGUCUAUGUCGCUUGCAAUGCCAAAGCAGCUAUGAACAAUUUUAUUGAUCUUUGCAGAGCUCCUUCGAACCGCGUGCGAGGAGCUGCCUUUCGUCCAAUGAGAGCUAUGGCUGUGGACCUCUUCCCUCAGACCAUGCACUGCGAGACCAUCCUGCUGUUUGAAAGAGUGGAUUACAGAACAGAUGACAUUUGACUGUGUGGAUUACAACACACUUAAAGCUCUGCCGCCUCGAAG